CUGACAGUAUAUUCUAUCGAUAAUUCCGCGGUCACACUUGCUCUGCUCUGAAAGUCGUGUUUAAAUAAAAUUUGUGUCUUAAUUUUGCAAUAAUACACAUUAAAAACUUGUAAUCUACCAUGGCUGCACAAUUUUUCAACCGCAUUGGCCAGAUGGGCCUCGGAGUAGCCGUGCUUGGCGGCGUUGUCAAUUCCGCAUUAUAUAAUGUGGAGGGAGGCCACCGGGCUGUGAUUUUCGACCGAUUCACCGGCAUCAAGGAGCAUGUGGUUGGCGAGGGCACACACUUCUUCAUCCCAUGGGUGCAGCGUCCCAUUAUUUUCGACAUACGCUCGCAGCCCCGCAACGUGCCAGUCAUCACCGGCAGCAAGGAUUUGCAGAAUGUGAACAUUACGCUGCGUAUCCUGUACCGUCCCAUACCCGAGCAGUUGCCAAAGAUCUACACGAUUUUGGGCCAGGACUACGAUGAGCGUGUCCUGCCCUCCAUUGCCCCUGAGGUGCUGAAGGCAGUUGUCGCUCAAUUCGAUGCCGGCGAGCUGAUUACGCAGCGUGAGAUGGUUUCGCAGCGCGUCUCGCAAGAGUUGACCUUGCGCGCUAAUCAGUUCGGCUUCAUUCUGGACGACAUUUCGCUGACACACUUGACCUUUGGCCGUGAGUUCACGCUGGCCGUUGAGAUGAAACAGGUUGCCCAGCAGGAGGCCGAAAAGGCUCGCUUCGUUGUGGAGAAGGCAGAGCAGCAGAAGCUGGCAUCGAUCAUUUCGGCUGAGGGUGAUGCCGCCGCUGCCGGUUUGCUGGCCAAAUCGUUUGGCGAGGCUGGUGACGGUCUCGUCGAGCUGCGUCGUAUUGAAGCCGCCGAGGACAUUGCCUACCAGCUAUCCAGAUCCCGUGGCGUUGCCUACUUGCCCAGUGGCCAGAGCACGCUCCUCAAUCUACCAUCGACCCUGGCGCAGUAGCUCGACGCGUCUAGUUCCGUUAAGUUGUAACUACCUUUAGCAUUUACUAAGUACUCUUUCGAUUUGUUUCUGCUGAAAUAUGCACUGUUGUAAUGCGCGCCCACUGACUGACUG